AUGGUCUUAUCUCGAAGGCGUCGCUUCGCCGCGAAUGGCGCCGGUCUUGCCGCAGAGGGUCCACUGGGGAUUCCCGUCGGCGUGCUGAUAGGAUUCGUCGCACUUGUCGCAUGUAUAAUCGCCACGGGGUACUAUGCGACGUCGCGUGCGAAUCAGGAAGCCGCCGAGGCGAAAUCGAAGCUCGCAGAGAUGGAGAAGCGAUGGGCGGAGCGCGGGGGGUUGUCGCAGUCGCAGGGAGGGCAGGCGGAACCUCCUCCAGAGGGGUUAGGAACCAUGCAGGCAGGAGGGAUGAGCCAGAUGAAGAUGGAUGCAGCCUCAGAAGCAGCAGCAGUAGCAGCAGCCGAUGGCCUAGCCACAUGCGCUGCGGACUUGAGGCGAGCGAAUCAGCAGCUGCGAAUUGCAAGAGGGUGGGUGCGAGAGGGGCUGGAGCACUGCGUUAAGCUGAGAAAGAAAUACUCCAAGGCCAGGCACAAGUGGCAGGCGCGCAAGGGGAAGGGCGGUGCUGGUGGUGCUGGUGGUGCUGGUGCUGGUGGUGCUGGUGGUGCUGGUGCUGGUGCUGCUGAUGGCGAUAGUGGUUACGGUGAUGGAAUUGACGAGGGCAAGCAUGGCAAGGACCAUGAUGGGCAUAGCGACGAUCAUGGUGACGAUCAUAGUGAUGAGCAUGGCGACAAUCCCAAGAGGAAAUCUUCCAUGCAUGAUGAAGACGAUGAUGAGAAAGAUGAGAAGGACGAUGAGGAUAAGGAGGAUAAGGACGACGAGGAUGAACAUGGCAAGGACAAGCAUGGUGAUGGGGAGAAAAUGCUUGACAAGGAUGGUAAGGAUGAUGAGGAAGACGACAAGGAUGACGAUGCUGACCAUGAAAAGGGCGUGAAGGCUGGUAUGGGUGUAUAA